GAAGAGGUCGGACUAUCAGACUGAAGACCGAUAAGCUCUUGCUCGGCUGCUCUGCACGACUUCAAAACACCCAAUCGGCAUUCGACUCCGCCAGCGAGUAAGACGUCUCCGCCGCGCCAAGCCGCCGCCUGGCCUCAAUUACAGGCUCCAGUCUUCUGAAUAGUUCCUGCUGCUCCUGUCUCCACGCUCGCACGGCUCGAAGCCUCACACAGCUCGUAGCAUCAAGUCUCCAGGGUCCUCAUUUUCUCUGGUCUCGCCGUGACUCUAAACAAAGCUUCAGCCAUUUCUCCCCCAGGUGUGGCGUCUCUGUGCUUCACAAUCCAUGAUCCAUUGUCAGAAACUAAGAGUGUCAUCUGUUGUGAUCAAAUGUCUUUCUUAUUUCUCCGGGUUAACCCACAUAUAUCAGGGAACUAGGUUUUAUAGAACAAAACAGAAUGCUCUAAUUCCGGGCAAAACUCUCCUAGCCAUUAGGCAAGAGGCCCAGUCUGCUCUGACAGAGUAUCUGCAUACCACCAGAAGCUUGCCGUUCACUGAUGCCGAGCAUAUAAGCAAAAACUCACCCCAUUUUCUUGAAACCUUGUUGAACAGGGUGAAUCUUGAAAAUGAUGUGGCACGAUCCGUUGUACGUUUCCUGCGGUACAAUCCCAUCAAUGAAUUUGAACCCUUCUUUGAGAGUUUGGGUUUGAGCCCUUCUGAGUUCUUGCGGUUUCUGCCUCCAAACAUUAUGUUCUUGAACGAUGACACAUCCUUGAUGGAGAACUAUCAUGCUUUGUGUAACUAUGGUGUUCAAAGGAAUAAGAUAGGAAUCAUUUACAAGAAAGUCCCAGAGGUAUUCCAGUAUGCGCCCGGUUUUUUGAAAUCAAAGCUCCGAUCUUUCGAAGAGUUUGGCUUAAAUCAGACCACAGUUGCUAAGUUUGUAUGUUUGAGUCCCCACCUUCUGAAAGAAAAUGUACAUAGAGACUUCUUUAUGGUUCUUGAUAAGUUAAAGAGUGUUGGAAUCGAGUCAGGGGUUGAGUAUGAAUGGAUUAAAGGAAAAUUAUCAAUUGCUGAAUCUUACAACUGGAGGCGUGUGUGUGAAGUGAUGUUUUUGUUCAAUAAUUUGGGUUUCAGUGAAGAACAAUUAAGAAAUCUUGUAUGCCAGAAUCCAGAGCUUUUGUUUGACACCUCUGGACAUAGUACAUUUUCACUAAUUGGAUUGAUGUUGAAAUUUGGAUCUGCACGGGAUGAUUUAAAGAACAUGUUUCUCAACCUUCCCAACAUCAAAGUUGGAAAGUUUCUUAGGAAUUUGCGAAGCAGUUAUGUUUUCUUGGUUGGCAUCGAUAUGAUUAACCAUGAUAUUGGCAACAUGUUUCGUGCGCACAAUGUACUCCUGGGUUCAUGUUCUUUGAAAAAAGUAGUUACCUUGCUUUCAAGCUUGAAAACUGGGAAGAAGAAGAUUUGUAAAAUGAUCUUGGCGGAUCCUAAUAUUCUGAAGGAAUGGGUAUUCGGGCUGAAGGUCGGCCCGGUUUCCUCAACUGAGGAGGCUGAAGAGGAUUUAAAAUCAAAAGCCAUGAAGACGAAUUUUUUGUUGAGUUUAGGGUUCGUUGAGAACUCAAGUGAAAUGGAAAAAGCUCUCAAAGCGUUCCGUGGCAAAGGGUUGGAGCUUCAAGAGAGAUAUGAUUGUUUAGUCAAUGCCGGUCUAAAUCCAAAUGACGUGGCAAAGAUGGUGAAAGUUUCUCCUCACAUUCUCAACCAAAGUAAAGAGCACAUUGAAGCAAAGAUUGAAUUUUUCAAGAGCACAUUGGGAAUUCCCGUGUCGUGUUUGGUUUCUUUUCCAAAUUACAUCUCUUACACAUGUGAGAGAAGCACUCUUCGGCUUUCAAUGUACAAAUGGUUGAAAGAUCAAGGGCGGGUGAGGCGCAAAUUGGCAUUGAGCACUCUUAUAGCUUCCUCAGAGAAAAUAUUCAUGAAGACUUAUGUGAAUCCUCAUCCUGGUGGUCCUUGUAUGUGGGAAAAACUUAAGAGAGAAGUUUAUCCCAACUGAUUGGAUUGUGUUUAUCCGUAGAGUCUAACUGCAUGUCUGCAUGGCUACAUGCUAGAUUGAUGUAUGAUUCAUGAUAAUCUGGAACUGCAGGACAUCAUAAUCCCAGGUUUGAAGAUUAUUUUAGUAUUUCCAUAUCUUGAUUCCCAAGUUCUACGGGGUCGGGGAAUUGGAAUUGUGAAAUGUAAACAACUUUUUUACUUUAGUUUUCUAAAGGUUUCCAAAUGAAUUAUGGAACACCAAAAUGCCACUCUAGGAGCAUGUGUGAUCCUGGGGAUUUUGGAGGGAGUGGAAACGAAAGAUUCAUUGUUAUUUUACCAAUGUAUCUAAUAUUUGUCAGUUUUGGACUAGAAAUAACUGUAUGGUUAGUUAGAUCAGGUAUAUCUAUAUGGUUUUUUAUUUUUAUUUUAACUGUCUAAAUGUAGAUAUUAUUUAAAAAAAUAAAUAUAUCCACUUCCCUUCGGAUUCCUUCAUGCAAACAAGCAAUGAGUUUGUGGGCAUCAUAGUUUGAUUAUUAUCUGUAUUGCAGAGUCUUACCUGAUUUUCGCUCCUAGAUUUUCACAAUAAAACAGUGUUUGUUUCUUCACCUAAUAUUAAUGCAUUUCACAUAUUUGUAGCUAUUAAUUUUAUGCUCAAAAGCUUAUACAAUAUUCCGUCACAGAUAACAAUGUUAGAAAGUGAUGUCAAGCUAACAGCUGCCCAUUAUUUGCCUAUUAAAAG